AGUCUAAUUUUCGCCGGAAAUGGCAACGGAACCAAUAAUAAAGUGUACGUCGAAAGAGCAACUGGCUGGCAUGAGAUUGACAGAUGAAAAGAACGGUGAAAAAUCGGAUAAGAAAUUGACGGUGCUUGAAUCGCAUGGUUAUGCGCUUGGGAAGACUAUAGGUGCCGGAUCAUAUGCCACCGUCAAAAUCGCGAAGUCUGAUCGGCACGAUUGCCAAGUGGCGGUGAAGAUAGUCUCGAAGUUCCAGGCGCCCGGAGAAUACCUCACGAAAUUCCUACCUCGCGAGAUCGAGGUGGUCAAAGGCUUAAAACAUCCAAAUCUCAUUCACUUUCUGCAGGCGAUAGAAACCACACAUCGGGUGUACAUUAUUAUGGAAUUUGCGCAAAAUGGCAGCUUGCUCGACGUUAUACGACGCGAUACUUAUAUCGACGAGUUACGUAGCCGUAGAUGGUUCCGACAGCUUUUGGAUGCCAUCGAUUAUUGUCACGAGCACGGCAUAGUGCACAGAGAUGUAAAGUGCGAGAAUCUGCUCAUGGAUUAUCGCUUCAAUGUUAAAUUGUCUGACUUUGGAUUCGCGCGUGGGCAAAUGAAAUCGAAGAACGGCGAGUGGCCUCUCAGUACAACUUACUGCGGCAGUUAUGCCUAUGCAUCGCCUGAAAUUCUACGAGGAAUCCCUUAUCAGCCUCAACUCGCCGACAUAUGGUCCAUGGGCGUGGUGCUUUAUGCUAUGGUUUACGGUCAGCUGCCGUUUGACGAUACAAAUUACGCACAUCUGCUAAAGCAAAUACAAAACAGAGUGGUGUUUCCUAAACGUCCUAAAGUAUCUCAGUCGUGUCGUUCUCUCAUUACCCGUAUAUUAGUACCUCAAUACGCACGAUUACGCAUCAAUAAUAUAAAAAGCGACGCUUGGCUCGAGACAUCUGUUGUCGCUCAAACAUCGAUCAGCGACAGAUUUAUUGGAGCAUUAUCUACAAUACCUGCAACUAAAGAAUCCAAAGUAUUUGACGAAUGCGUAGUAUCCAUUGAUCCUGCAAUUUUUCAAGGGAAUGAGAGAUCGAAAGAUGUUGUUGACGAAGAUAACACAGGAAUCAAAAAGACUGACUUAAACGCAAAACCAUAAAGCUCAUGUAAUAUCACAAAGUAACAUUGUAAAAUGAAGUAGUCAAACAGAAUGUUAAAUAAUUAACAGAUUAAAGAUAUAAAAAAAAG